GAACCCAAGAAGCCCCGCGCCUGCGAGUCGUGCCGCGGCCUCAAGGUCCGCUGCGACCCGGACCCGGCCGACCCGGACGGGCCCUGCCGCCGGUGCGUCAAGGCCAAGCGCGCCUGCGUGGUCACGCAGCCGACGCGCAAGCGCCAGAAGAAGACGGACAGCCGGGUCGCGGAGCUGGAGAAGAAGAUUGAUGCGCUGACCGCGAGCUUGCAUGCCAGGGGUGAGGCGGUCGGCGUGAGUAGGUAUCCUGCUCCGCCGCCUCCUCCUCCACCACCACCACCUCCUCCUGCUGCUGCUGCUGCCCCAGCUGCUGCUCCUCCUCUGCAGCCGCUCCUGCCGCCGCCGCCGCUGCCGUUGCCCGUGGGUGCGGUAGCUGGGCACAAGCGGAAGUUUGACGAGAGGAGGGACUCGACUGAGGAUGCUGUGCCGGUGGCUGCCAUGAAGGAAGCCGCUUCGGCCUCGAGCUCUGCGACCCCGCAGCCCGGCGCGGAGGCCGCGAGGGAGCAGUCUUCUCCGGAUCCCGUCGAAAAGGGCAUCCUGAGCAUCACUCUGGCGAACGAGUUCUUGAUACGCUACACGACCCACAUGUGCCCCCACCUCCCCGGCGUCGUGCUCCCCACGGGCACGACGGCGGCUGACCUAAGGACGACCAAGCCGCUGCUCUUUCUUUCCAUCAUGGCGGCUGCCUCGUCCGAGAUGCCGAAUCUGCAGCGCGUCCUGACCAAGGAGCUGAUGCAGGCCCUGGCCGAGAGGAUCAUCAUCCGCGGCACCAAGACCCUCGAAGUCGUGCAGGCCAUCCAAGUUGCCGUCAUCUGGUACUGGCCGCCCGAGCGGUUCGAAGAGCUCAAGUUCUACCAGCUUGUCCAUAUCGCCGCUGUCAUGGCUAUCGAGAUCGGCCUGGGCCGCAAGAAGUCGGUGAGAGGCGGGCUCAGGAAACACAUCGUGUCGGCCUGGCGGGACCACCCGCUCCGGAAACAGCCCCCGCCGGAUCCGACCACCAUCGAGGCCAGGCGGGCUUGGUUGACGUGCUACUUCAUGGCCACUAACACGUCCAUGGCGCUGCACCGCCCCAACCUGAUCCGCUGGACGCCUUUCAUGGCCGAGUGCAUGGACGUCCUGGAGUCGUCGCCGGACGCCGCGCCCACGGACAAGUAUCUGUGCCACCUCGUCUGGACGCACAAGCUCGCCGAGGAGGUUGGCAUCCAGUUCUCCAUGGACGACCCCGCGUCGACGCCAAAUCUCGCAGAUGCUAGGACGCAGCAUGCGCUGAGGGCAUUUGAACGCGAGUUGGAAAGGUACAGCAGCUCGAUCCCGAGAGAGCUGCAGCAGCCAACGCUUAGGAUGAGCUUCCAUGUGAUCAGCCUCUACAUGCACGAAAUCGCCACGUAUAGCGAGAGCCCCGACGAGUGCAGACUGAGCCCAAGCCUGUCGCUCCUCGGGUCGGACGCCCCGCUGUCUGUGGCGCACAUCAACGCCCUGUCCGCCUGUCUCACGGCCAUCGACGGCAUCUUUGAGGUAUUUCUCACGCUUGACGUCCAGACCAUCCGCUGCCUGCCCGUCUUCAACUUCGUGCGAGUCGCCUACGCUGUUGUCGUCCUGAUCAAGUUGUACUUUGCCGCGUCGUCGCCCAAGAGCGAGCUGGGGAAGGUCAUCAACAAGGAGAACAUGAAGGUCGAGCACUAUCUGGACAGCCUGCUCGAGAAGUUCCGCGCUACGGCCGCUGACGACCGGAGUCGGCCGGCCGUCAAGUUCCUCGUCGUGCUCGUGAUGAUCCGCUCUUGGUUCCACAAACAGAAGCAAAGUGUGAACGGCGGAGCCAACGCAACCACGCUGCCGUCGUACUCGUCCCAGGGAUGCGGGGAACGCGGCAGCGCAACUCCGGCGCCGCAGCCGCCGCCCCAACCAGACUACCCGGCCACCGCCAGCACCCCGCUGCAGCUGCUGUCCGAGGUCGCGACUCACAACUCGGCC